UUUUUAUUGUUUAAAACAAAAUAAAUAAGUGCAGAGAAUGAAAUUGCUCACAUCACCGUAUGUUUUCAAUGGUAAAAUUAACGGAGGAAACCGUUUAUUUUGGUCUGAUGAUAAUUUGAUAUCAAUCAUGGGUAGUGAAUUCCUUUACGUAUUCGAUGCUGAUAUUCUUUUACAAAGGAACUAUAAAGAGAAAAUUCCAUUAAAUGAAAGAUUACAUAAUUUUCCAAUCAAUUUCCCAUAUGUUAUAAAUCUUUCAAUUAAAACUAUUCAAAAUAAUACAUGUGAUUUAUCGUAUUUACAAAGUGUUAUUUAUGUAUGCUGUAUUAAGGAUAAAACUCUCACGAAUGUUUCAAAUCUUUUUGUUACAGCGCUUCAUUCACAAGUCUUUACUACGAUGUGUGAACAAAAUCAUGGUAAAACUCCCACGGAGAAAUGUGAUUUGUAUGAUACAAAGAACACUUCUCUAAUGAAACAACGAAAGGAACAAAAACAUGAUUUAUGUAAUUCCUUUAAAGAAUCAUCUGAAACCCUUGUUAAAAGAUUACUAAAAAUGACAAAACGAUUUUCUAUUUUUUGUUGGGGCCCAUCUUUAUGUAUUAGAGAAGCUCCUUAUCCUUCACCUACUUUCUUUAUAGGCACUUGUGACGGAUCCUUGUUACAAUUACGUCACAUCGAUUGUCAAAUGAGAGAAACAGUUCUUGUAGCCGAUAUAAAUGAUUAUUUUGAAAAGCAUUUUGAAUACUGGAAAUGCGGCAAGAAACAGCAUGUUUCUAAAACCAUUUGUUCCAAUACAUAUUUACAUGAAUUAUGUAACACCUCCCAAAUGAAUGAUUUUUCUCUUAUUCAAAACAUCUCUGAUAAUUUACAGCAAACUAGUUUUUUUUAUCAUGUUUUGACAAAAUACAAAACUAUAAAUAUAAUAUUUCCAGCAACCGCCAUAAAUAAAACAAAUAAAAUGUUCCAUGGUUCUUUGUGCGCAAUCGCUUUUCGUCAUUUUGUGACUUUGUGGUGGUUGCAGGAAAGCUUGGAUCCGAAGUUAUCUUUGAAUUUCGGCUGCUUAUGUGUUAUUGAAAUCCCUUUACUUUUUGAAGAAGACUGUAUAAUAUCAUGCGUUUUUUCAGAUGUUUUUGAGGACCCUCAGGAAUUUUAUCAUGUUGCUCUUUAUACAGGGAGUGGUUUUGGUGAUAUAACGUCCAUCCAUAUUAGAUUACAAUAUGUUGAGACGCAACCCACAUCUAUGAUACUUGUUAUUGAACGUAUCGUGCAUAUCAAAUAUUGCUCGCAACCAGUUACUUAUCUUUGUGUCAGUCCAAAAGAAAUUAUGAGUGGUAGUAUAUUUUUAUGGCUUAUUGUCGCUUCGUUAAAUCAAAACAUUUUUUGCUGGGUGGAAUCGUUCGAUUUACAAACCAACACUAUUCAGCAAUGUGCACCCUUAACUUAUGUUUCUACUCACGAAUCACCUGUUACCGGUUUAUGCUGUGUUGAUCUUUGUUGUAUGGAUGACAAAAACUUUGUGGUGUCUAUUGAAUCGAUUGGAUUAAAUGCGACAUAUGUGUUAAAUUCUGUCCAACUCCAAAUUUCAACGGAAAAACAAUGUACUAUAGUAAUCCAGGAACACUAUACAUCAUUUUGGAGUUCCGAAAUUGGUUCUUAUUUUUAUGAUGCAUAUCAACUUCUUGUUAACGCAUCCAAAAAAAAAAAAACACUUUUAAAUUCAUCUUUUCAUCUUUCGAAAAGUAGUCAUACCGUAAAAAAAAAUGAAUCAAUCCGUUUAUACGGUUUAGAAUCAAGUCCUCAAAAAGGUGCUCACUGUCUUGUCCAAGAUGUCUCUAGUAUUUACCAAACAGAAACAUGUUAUAAUCUUGUUGGAAUCACUAUUGAAACAUUUAAAUAUCAAAGUAUACUGAACACUGUCCUCAAUUCUUUACUAGUCAAAUGGUUACGACCUUUAAAAAAUGUGAUUCAAAAACUUAUAACAAAACAAGUACCAACUAAUGCAACUUGCGAAGUGUUUAUUUUCAGUCAACUUAAACUGUUUUAUGCUCGUCAGCCGAUGUAUUGGCUCAUGCAUAAACUACAAAUACGAGAAAUUUCGACGUUGAAACAUUUAUACUUAGAGGAACCAUUUUUGGGAUCGGAUUAUGAAAAAGAUACAUUUCUGUUUGAUCCAACUAAAUUUUUUAAAACGUCUUCCAGCUUUUUAAAACCUGAGCAUUUAUCGUUAUAUAAACUUCUUUCUAAAACCUUAGGGAUGUUCCACUUCGAUUUAAAACAUUCCAAAUUUUCAGAAAGUGAUAACGAUUUUGGUUCAAUCUUAUGCUUUUUAUUAUAUCAUUUCAUCUCAUUUUUAAAAAAUUUAGACCCAAAUACUUCGAGCCAAUAUGAUACAAUUUUAAAUUAUUUACUAUACUCACUUACUUCGGCUUUUGACAUUAUAAAAAAUAUUUUAUGUGAAGCAUCAAAACAUUUCACUGAAGAAAAUUUAUUGACCGACAUUAACGAGAAAAAUGCUAAAGAGUUGAAUGAAUUAUUGAAACAAAAAAUAUUAAUGGGUUUCUUCCAUAUUGAAUUAUGCCGAUGUUUGUUAUCUCUUUGGUCUUUAAUGGAACCAGCAUUUGCAUCAACAUGGGACUCCGUUCCAAAUUAUAAUUUAACAUAUCAAAUCAAAAAGUAUUUUUUAUACAGUUGCUUAAACUUAUCUUGCUUUGUACAAAAAAAUACUCAAGUUUCUCAUAAGCAUACCUCGAUCCAAAAUUUAUUAAAGGCUAUCUGUUUAUGUGUAGAAACAAAAGCACCUUUAUGUAGUAGUUGUCUUUACUGCCAUAAAAUUUCCGAAUGUCCUUAUCCAUAUACAAAUUUCUACUGUUCUUCUGAAAAUGGUAUUUCUCAUACUCUUCCUAUAUCCUACUUGACAUUAGAUGCUUGUCGAUCCGUCAUCGGUAAAGCUUGGCAUUGUGCUCUUUGUGGACACACAUUUGAGUUUCCUUUAGCUGAUAGCAAAAUACCUAGUAUUAUACCGUUCCUUCAUAAUGUACCACGCGGUUGUCCUAUUUGUUUUGGCAAUACCCGACAAUCAAACAUUUAUUAAGAAAACAUCUUCACUUAACAAAACCUUAACUUCCACAUCGAGACUACGUGUUUUUUUUAUUUUAGUAUUCUACUUUUAAAACGCAUGUUGAUUUUUGACCUAAUCAUACUCAUAAACAGUUUAAACUUUUUUCUGUAAGCGAUAAGUAUGAAAAUAAGUGACUCCACUCUUUUAGAUUGAAAUUUUUUUUAACGUAUUCUACUGAUUUUUACUUUAAUAAUUCUUUUCUUUUUUUUGUUACAUGAGUAGUUCAUUUUUUUCAAAAAUAAUUAAAAAAACAUUAUCUAAAUAACCAAAACGUUAGCAUUAACAAAAAACUGAGAUAUAUCCAUUCUUCAUGAAAAAAAAAUUACGGCGCAUAUUGCUAUGUUGAAAUGACAAUGACGAUCUGAACAACAAUUUUGCACGCUUUCCAAGGCAUGUAUUAAAAAUAUUAAUAUUGUCGUUUCCUUUAAUUAAUUCACCAAGGCUUCAAGUGAAAAUUCAGAAAAACUCAUAUACCCUUCGCCAGUACUUCUUAGUACAGUGUCUCAUGCAAAAAGUUUAAGAAGUAUAUAGAGGUAUAUCCACAUGCCUUGAUCCAAUUAUAUCAUG